AUGGGUUUCGACUGCAUUUGGGUCACCCCGGUGGUCAAGAACUUCUAUGGCCCAGCUUCUGAAGAGAGUGGUUACGGCUACCAUGGCUAUUGGGCUGAGGACUUCUACGAAAUAGAUUCCAACUUCGGGAGCAGGGAGGACUUACAGGAGCUCAUCCAUGAAACACACCGCCAUGGCAUGUGCUUCAUUCUGGAUAUCGUCCUGAACCACGUCCGCCCUGUGCACUCUUUGUCAGACCUGCGACGCGUAAGACCUUUCAACGAAACUCAUCACCUGCACCUUCUGAACAUCUCCAACAUGACCUUUGACGAAUACGCAGCGAAGGAUGCAAGAUGGCCGUACCCCACCCAGGCUUUGGGUCCGGGAGCUGCCUGUUACCUGCACUUCUUUGCAAAUGGAACGCCAGAUGGCAGCAACAACGGUACAUUCUGCAACAAUUAUCCCAGCAACGUCUACGUCCCGGAGGCCUACUACGGGACUAGGGCCGCAGGACCACCCAGCUUAAAGUACUGUGGCCCUGGGGACUACAUCUGUCCGGGCUACAAUCAGACUGUCAACCGAGAGGGGUGGUUCUACGACCUUGCGGAUCUCAACCAGUCUGUUCCCUUCGUGCGCAGGAGCCUGUUACGUUGGGCGGAAUACAUGGUGACUGAGUUCCCCGUGGACGCCUUGCGCCUGGACACUGCAGCUUUUAUGGAUCAUGACUUCCUAAAGGAGGUUCAGGAUCAAGUGUUUGUCCGGGAGAAACCCAUCCAGAUGAUAGGUGAAGUUACCACUGGGAACAUGAGCUUCCACGCGUCAUUCCAGAAGAAGGACGGACAGCGAAUCCUAAGCGGUUUGCAGAACUUUCCUUUGGUCUAUGCUGCAGCACCCGGUUACUGUGGAUGGCCCAACCAUGCGCUUUCGCCAGUUAGCGGCUUCAACCUGACUCAUUUAGCUGUGGAAAGCCAGCGUCAGUGGCAGUCUCCGGCCUACAGCAACACAGACUUGCUCAUGAACAUGGUCGGCAGUCAAGAUGAUGGCCCCAUCUUCGGCAUGUACAGAAGCUCCGAUGGGCCCUUCUCCCCUGGCACUGGAGGUUGUAAAGAACAUGCCUCCCUGGUUCUCAAUGCUUGGGCUUGGCUUAUGUUCACCAAAGGCAUGGCAGUGGUGCCCUGGGGCGAUGAGCAGGGUAACUCUGAAUACCGGAACUCCCUGUGGCAGUUUGGCUGGAAUCGAUCAGCCUGGCCGUACCAGCUCCUGCGUCGCAUGAAUGGCAUCCGUAGGGACCAGCGUUUGGAAACAGCAAGCGCCAAGGUUCACUAUGGAGAUGAGAACCACUUCGUCUUCCAGCGUCUUUCUGGAGAGGGCCAUUCGGUCUGGGUGUUUACCAACAAUUUGCCCAAGGAGCAAGCGGUGGUGUAUCCAGUGGCUCCUCCAGAAGCCCCUCCAGGCAUGGUUUGGGCAGAUGCCCUUUUUCAACAGCCAUUCUCUCUUGAGUCGGGGCGGCUGCUCUCACAGAACACCCGACCUCUUGUCUUGACUCUGGAGUAUGAGGUGGUAGUUUCCGAAGAUUAG